ACCUCUGAGUCCGCAUGUAGAAUCAUCAAGUUAUGCUCGAAAUAACAGGACAGCAUCUUCUUCAACCCUUGCUGCUAGGAGAACACAGCAGAAUCCAAGGUCAUGGGUUCAGCAACAUAGGGCUACCACCAACUCUCCAGCGGAAGUACCUGCGACUAAAGUGAUGAACAAAUCCGAAUCCGAAAUUGUGCAUGAAAAAUGGCAACUUUUUGAAAAGACGGUGAAGAAAAUCAUUGAUGGACGAAUGAAAAAGGCUCUCCCUAUGUUUUUAAGGAUGAGUUCGGAUGCCAAACUUUCUGGAGAAUGUCAAAAGAGCAUCAUGGCUUUGGUGAACGGUGUGAGAAGUCUGAAAAGCUGGGCCUUUAGAAUGUUAGACGCCAGUGCAAAACCACCCUCUGGAGUUUUAGACGGAACGCUCACCGACUUUGGAGAUUACGACCAAUGUCUUGCGGUUGAGAAGCUGGACAACAAAAAGAAAGUACAGUUUACUGGUCAAUACUGCGUCGUCGAAGCAGCACCUAUUCUUCCAUCGAAGCCCCACCGAGUCCAAUUCAAAACGGUCGUUCUGGACGUCACCAACUUUUCACAUCCUGAUUCCGUCCUGUCUGACUUUGCUUCCAAUGCAAAUAUGUUCUAUUUGAUGAAAUUACGCUUGGGAUUGUGCUUGCCUUCCACCUGCUCCAUCUCGGAUGUCCAAGAAGUUGCCAAGCUAGCUCUUAAAGAUGUGCCACUUGAAGCGGAGAUUUUAAGAUGCGAAGUAAAAGAGCCGUACCAUCUUUCAAAUCUACAGAUUGCUGUUAUAUGCAUCCUUGGAUUUGUAGUCAUUUUAGUCAUUGUUGGUACUUAUAUAGAUACUUCAAAUCGCUUCAAUUCUAAGAUCAAAGAAUCAGGUAUUGUAACGGAUAGUCUGAAAUGUUUCUCUGUAAACAAGAAUCUCGCCAAAUUGUUCAGAAUUAGCCAAUCAAAGGAGAAUUUCGGUGUCCUGAAUGGCAUGAGAGUCUUAUCCAUGGUGUGGAUUGUGCUUUCACAUACUUAUGGAUUCAACCAUAAACAAUCUUAUGGGAGAAUGAAGAAUGCUCAGGGUGCUUUGGAAGAAGUGACCUUCGGCACAAUUAUUAAUGCUUGGGUGAUCGUUGAUACAUUUUUCGUAUUAGGGGCAUUUCUAGUUGCUCAUUCUAAUCUGAAGGCACUGGAUAAAAAAAAUGGCAGACUGAAUUUCCUCAGAUAUUAUUUACACAGAAUAUGGAGAUUAACUCCACCUGUUGCUGGCGUACUUCUUAUCAUGUUCAUACUUCCUCUUCUGGGUUCAGGCCCACUAUGGAAAGACGUCAUUGGCAAACAAGUCGGCAACUGCGAGAAGUACUGGUGGCAGGCUCUAAUCAUACCCAUCAAUACUUGGACACACUUUGAAGAAAUGUGUCUUCUUCACACUUGGUAUAUUGCUUCGGAUUUGCAUCUCUACUGUGUGGCACCUUUAAUUCUCAUCCCCUUGUACAAAUGGCCUAUGAUAGGAUUCCUGGUGAUGCUGUUCCUUACAGUAUGCUGCAUGGGUAUUGUAGCUGCCGUUACCAUAGCCAAUGACUUGUAUCCGACGUUACUUUAUUUCACACCGGAUGAAAAAUUCACAUAUUUCUUGAGUGACUUAGUGUAUUUUAGACCUUAUCCUCAUAUGGGUGCCUACUGCGUUGGUUUAGCUUUAGGUUAUUUUGUUCUCAAUCAUCGAAAAAUCAACAUGAAGCCGGCUGUUCAAGUGUUGGGCUGGUGCGCUGCUAUCGCCUGUAAUCUAGCAGUCCUCUAUGGAGCAUACGAAUGGAAUAGAGGCAAUUUACCCACCAAAGUAGUGGAUGUUACCUAUGCCAUGUUCCACAGGACAGCAUGGGCGUUUGGAAUAGCUUGGGUGAUCUUCAUUUGCAUCACGGGAAGAGGAGGUCUAGUAAAUAGGUUCCUGUCAUGGGAUCUCUUUGUUCCGCUGGGACGACUUUCGUAUUCAACAUACAUAUUGCAUUUCCCUGUGUUGUGGGUAAGAUGUGGAUUGCGAAGGCAAUUAUUGCACUUCCAUCAUUAUGAUAUAUUUUAUGAAUUCCUGGCUACUUUGUUUCUCACUUUAUGCCUCGCAGUUACAUUCCACUUACUUUUCGAAGCACCCUUCCUAAACUUGGAGGAAGUAUGGUUUCCGAGACACGGAAAAUCGAAGGAAAAAGAGAAGAGAAUUGAGAACGGUACAACUAUCGUUCCCGUGGCAAAAAUGGAGGAUGUCGUGACAAACGGCCACACUGCGGAUGUUUUUUCGGUCAGAUUGUGAAUUGAUCGGGAUUUCGUUUGUAUAUACGGGUUCAUAUGGCAUGAUUUUCUUACUGU